GAUGGAGGAUUCAGGCAUCCAGCGGGGCAUCUGGGAUGGAGAUGCCAAGGCUGUCCAGCAAUGUCUAACAGAUAUCUUUACCAGCGUUUACACCACCUGUGACAUCCCUGAGAAUGCCAUAUUUGGUCCCUGCAUCCUGAGCCAUACUUCCCUGUACGACAGCAUAGCUUUCAUUGCGCUCAAGUCCACCGACAAGAGAACAGUCCCCUAUAUCUUCCGGGUAGACACCUCAGCAGCAAAUGGUUCUUCAGAAGGUCUCAUGUGGCUGCGUCUUGUCCAAUCAGCCAGAGAUAAAGAGGAACAGAACCUUGAAGCCUAUAUAAAAAACGGACAGCUGUUUUACCGCUCUCUCCGCAGGAUUGCCAAAGACGAGGAGUUACUAGUUUGGUACGGGAAAGAACUGACUGAGUUACUCUUGCUCUGCGCCUCUAGAUCCCACAGCAAAAUGAAUGCAGGGUCGUCCCCUUACACAUGCCUGGAAUGCAGCCAACGCUUCCAGUUCGAGUUCCCCUAUGUGGCGCAUCUGCGCUUCCGAUGCCCCAAGAGACUUCACAGCGCUGAUGCCAGCCCCCAAGAAGAGCAAGGCGGCGGCGGCGUGGGCACCAAGGAUCACGGGGGCGGGGGCGGUGGCAAAGACCAGCAGCCGCAGCAACAGGAGGUGCCCUUGGGCCCCGGCCCCAAGUUCGGCAAAGCCGGCCCCAUCCACCACUACCCGGCCCCCUCCCCCGAGGGCAGUAACCAGCCCGCCGCAGGCGGCGGCGGCGGCGCCAAGCCCUCCACGGACUUUCACAACCUGGCCCGGGAGCUCGAAAACUCGGGAGGAGGCAACAGCUGCUCCCCCGUGCGGAGCCUCGGCGGCGGCGGCGGCCACCAGGAGGCGGAGCUGAGUCCCGACGGCCACGCCACCGGCGGCGGCAAGGGGAAGAGGAAAUUCCCAGAGGAGGCGGCGGAGGGGGGCGGCGGCGUGGGGCUGGCGGGGGGCCGGGGUCGCUUCGCCGAGCGGCCCCUGCCCGCCUCCAAGGAGGACUUGGUGUGCACGCCGCAGCAGUACCGCGCCUCGGGCAGCUACUUCGGCCUGGAAGAGAACGGCCGCCUCUUCGCGCCGCCCAGCCCCGAGACGGGCGAGGCCAAGCGCAGCGCCUUCGUGGAGGUGAAGAAGGCGGCCCGCGCGGCGGGUCUGCAGGAGGACGCGACCGCCGACGGCGGGGCCGCGGCCGCCGAGGACCAGGACGGGGCCGCGGACCUGAACGGAGGUUGCGGGGCCCUGCCGAGCGGCGGCGGCGGCGGCCUGCCCAAACAGAACCCCUUCCUCUACGCCACCGCCUUUUGGCCCAAGAGUUCCGCGGCGGCGGCGGCGGCGGCCGCGGCGGCCGCGGGGCCCCUGCAGUUGCAGCUGCCCUCGGCGCUCACGCUGCUGCCGCCCUCCUUCACCUCGCUGUGUCUGCCCGCGCAGAACUGGUGUGCCAAGUGCAAUGCCUCCUUCCGCAUGACCUCCGACCUGGUGUACCACAUGCGGUCGCAUCACAAGAAGGAGUACGCGAUGGAGCCCUUGGUGAAGCGGCGGCGGGAGGAGAAGCUCAAGUGCCCCAUCUGCAAUGAGUCCUUCAGGGAGCGCCACCACCUCUCCAGGCACAUGACCUCGCAUAAUUGACGGAAAGGACCCUAGCUUUCCACGCGCGCACACUCACAGUCAAGCCACCUACAGGAAAAAUACGCGAGGACAUCCACCACCUCCUUGUGACCUGAAACCUUGCACCCGGACAGAAACACACGCACACUCACACAUACACGUGCCUCCCCAACCUUCUCAUUGACCUGUUUACCCGAGACCGGGAUUAUACACACACGCACGCACGCACGCACACAUCCGCACACACACAAGACAGGAUGGUGGAUAUUUGAUUGGGUGGGUUGUUGAGGGGGUUUCUUUUGAAUGCACGCAUUUUCACUUUCCAAAAACAAAGGUACAUUUUAAAAAAUGUCAUAUAUUGCAACAUAUUGAUGCAUUUGUCAUACGUUUCUACUUAAAUUAUUAAGCACUUACGGUUUAGAUGUAAUAAUUAUAUGUAAGGGCAAAAUUUAUUUUAGAUAUAAAGUAAAGGAGGAGGGUGAGAUGCUUUCUGCAUUUCUUGAUGACAGUUGUGUUCUUACAAAAAUAAUAAAAUAAAUAAAAAGGGGUCACCAUUCGAUUUAAGUUUCCAGGGGGAAGUGCAUGUAUCAUGAAAUGAUUAUGGACUUCAGUGAAGAAUGUCAUCAUUAUGUAUAUAAUGUAUUUCCUUUUAAUACAAAGUGUAAUUUUGUGCCAGUGAAAUGGAGUCUGAAUAGUUAUGUGUUUCUUUUAUCCCUGGAAAGAUUUAUUAAACUUUAUAGAUUAUCCAGGUAUGUUGGAUGCUUUGACAAUAAAUGACUAUUUUCUUCAAAGCAAU